CACCAAUGAGGUAGCUGCUUUUUGUCAACAGAAUGGCAAGAUGUCGUCCUCGAGCAGUAGGGAAGACGAAGAAAAUACAUCGGAAUAUAUUAAUAAAUCAAAAAACAAACAUUGUUUUAUGCAUAUUACUUCAGUCAAGCACGAGGAGGUACAUUAUUUCACCACUACACGAUGGAUUACAUACAGGACAAGCCGACACACGUGGCUCGGGUUGGACGGUGAGUCUCGGGACGUGGCUGAGAACUUCAAACACUGUGUUGAUGUGGAGUUUGACAAUAUUCCCGAGGAUGCUGGCUUCCAUCACACGUGCUACCGUAGAUUUACGGACAAAAAAUCCAUGGCAAAGGUGGAAAGACGUCUCGCACGUGAGAGACAAGAAGCGACGGAAGACCACGAGGCCAUUCCAUCGACUUCUAGCGGCACGAGUCCAACAAAGAAAUUGCGAUCCAGGUCAGGAAUGCCAAUCGCAGGCUCUGGCCCCGUUCUUCCUGCCCUGGGCAUAAUUUGCCAAAAAAAGGAGAAGUUCGUCAACCGAGCAGGCAAACGACAAAGGGAUCCUCUGUCAAAGGCUGAAACAUUAACAGCAGGCCAAUUGCAGAAAGCUGCCGAGUUGAAGGAGGACCAAAGUAUUCUUUUGCAUAUAAAAGACAAAGACUGUGUGGCUCUGGAGGUGCAGUAUCACAGAGGCUGUUAUAAUCAGUGCACCAGGUUUUUGACGAGGCCUGAAAAACCAGAGAAAGUCCGGAAUGAGCCCACGUUUGAUGUCAGCUAUAAGAUAUUCUGUGAGAGGAUCAUUCGCCAAAGGCUGCUUGUCAACCAAGAGGUGCUGAGAAUGGGCCAGCUGAGGAAGGCCUUCAUUGAACUGGUGAAAGCAAAUGAAGGUCUUGAUGCUUCAAACUACAGACAGGAUAUGUUGAGGAAGAGGCUGGCUCAUGAUUUCCCCCAGCUGGUGUUUCACAUCCCCACCAAGCACAACUUCUGCGAGCUGGUUUUUGCAGAGACCCUGUCAACCGGUACACUCGUGGACAUGCUACCUUACCCAUCAGGUGCAGAAACCACUGAGCACUGAGGUCUGCAAAGGUACAACAUGUCAUGCAUAAGUUGGAUCAUAUCAAGAUGAGUCCCGUCACAGACGAUGAUCAGAUGAUUUAUUUGCUGUAAACGGCCUCGUCUCCUCGCCGCAUGUCAACAGGGCGUUAUCAAAGCGUUCAACCAAAGAUACUCAACCGCGGACAUAUACACGGACGAUCAGCUGAUACGGCAUAUUUUGGGCAUUUUAUAAUAAAACUAUAAUAAUAAAAACAGUGCAGGGGAAAGAGGGGCGAACAGAAAUGUACGAGAAAAGAACUCCAAAGAUCAAAUAGUUUAUAAUCUCUGUUUUUCUUAUAAAAAUGUUUUUUUUCUCGAAAUAUCAUCUUCCUCGUGGAUUAUUGUUGUAAUAAUGGCCCUAAUUCAGAAACACACACCAGCUGGAUGUCCUAAAAAUGACUUCUACGUUAAUGUUAUGCCGUUUCAGAGGUUCAAUUUUCAAUUCAGUUUAUUUUGUAUAGCCCAACAUCACAAAUUACAAAUUCACCCUCAGAGGGGGCUUUACAAUCUGUACACGUAGACACCCCUGACCUUUGACCUCACAUCGGAUCAGGAACAACUCCCCAAAAAAAUAGAAAAAACCCUUUCACGGGGGAAAAAGGGAAGAAACCUUGAGGAGAGCAACAGAGGAGGAUCCCUCUCCAGGACGGAGAGAACAAUAGAUGUCUGUGUUUCUAUGUAUUCGUGUUUGUGUAUGUGUUUCUGAUUCACUGAGUGUCAUUUU